AUGUCAGGUGGCUCCAAAGGAAUCCCAGGGAACCCCGGGCUCAGGGCGCCGUGUUCCCCGCAGAAGCUGGAGGACCAGGAGCGCCGGGCCCUGCACCAGAUCGAGCAGCUGCAGCGGGAGCAGCGGCACCUGCAGCGGCAGCUGGAGAAGCUGGGCAUGGAGCGGGUCAGGAUCGACAGCAUCGGCUCCAGCCUCUCCUCCGAGCGCUCCGACUCGGACCAAGAGAUGGACGUGGACGUGGAGAGCACGGACGACCUCCCGGCCGAGCUGGACUGGAGCAGCAGCAGCCCCAGCGACUCGGACGAGCGCGGCAGCCUGCAGAGCCUGGGCAGCGACGAGGGCUACUCCAGCUCCGGCGGCGCCAGGGCCAGGCUGCCCGGCAGCCGCAAGCUUCCCGCCGGGAUUUAGGGAGCUCUUCCCAGCUCCGUGCCCUCGGCAUCCCGUUAGCCAGCACAGCGACCCCGCCAGCAUUCCCUGCACGGAACCCCCCCGGCCCGGCUGCUCCCGGGGCUCCGUUGGCACCUCCGGCCUCUCUGCUCCGCCCGGGAAUGUUCUGGCAACAACAGCGACCUCAGGAGCCUUCCCCGGGCUGUCGCUGCCCGGUGUUGCCCAUCUCUCGACGCCUGGGUGGCCGCGGCACGCUCCCGACGCCCAGGACCCGGAAAGCUGAGGUUUUUUGGGAGCGGACCCGAGGAGGAGCCGGUGCUUUGUGGGGUUUCCAUCCGUGGAGCCUUUCGGGCGCAGGGAUCGGCCUCAGUCGGGGCUCCUUCCCCCGACUCUAAAUCUUCAGGGACGCCGUGCCAGCCCCGCCGCGGUCCCGGAGCAUUCCUGGCUGGGGGCAGGCUCGGGGCCGUGCCCACCCCUGGGGUCGAGGUGCCCCUCCUGGAAUGUGGCACGGCCUUGCAGACUCCUGCAGUUCCCUUCCCGCACUCUCGGGGACUUUUUUCUACCUCGGAGGGAGCCCAGGGCCUCUCUCCACCCCUUCAGCACAAAGGUGAUGCCUCUGCUCAGCAAUAACCCCGCGGGAUUCCCCGGCUCCAUCCGCCCGGGAUUGCUCCAGGCUCGUGGAAGGUUCCAG